AUGAUGAAGACCUUGUCCAGCGGGAACUGCACGCUUAGUGUGCCUGCUAAGAACUCCUACCGCAUGGUGGUGCUGGGCGCCUCGAGGGUGGGCAAGAGCUCCAUUGUCUCGCGCUUCCUCAAUGGCCGCUUCGAGGACCAGUACACACCCACCAUCGAGGACUUCCAUCGCAAGGUGUACAACAUCCGUGGCGACAUGUACCAACUUGACAUCCUGGAUACCUCGGGCAACCACCCCUUUCCCGCCAUGCGCAGGCUCUCCAUCCUCACAGGCGACGUCUUCAUCCUGGUGUUCAGCCUGGAUAACCGGGAGUCCUUUGACGAGGUCAAGCGCCUCCAGAAGCAGAUCCUGGAGGUCAAGUCCUGCCUGAAGAACAAGACCAAGGAGGCGGCAGAGCUGCCCAUGGUCAUCUGCGGCAACAAGAAUGACCAUGGCGAGCUGUGCCGCCAGGUGCCAGCCACCGAGGCCGAGCUGCUGGUGUCGGGCGAUGAGAACUGUGCCUACUUCGAAGUGUCGGCCAAGAAGAACACCAACGUGGACGAGAUGUUCUACGUGCUCUUCAGCAUGGCCAAGCUGCCGCACGAGAUGAGCCCCGCCCUGCACCGCAAGAUCUCCGUGCAGUACGGCGACGCCUUCCACCCCAGGCCCUUCUGCAUGCGCCGCGUCAAGGAGAUGGAUGCCUACGGCAUGGUCUCGCCCUUCGCCCGCCGCCCCAGCGUCAACAGUGACCUCAAGUACAUCAAGGCCAAGGUCCUUCGGGAGGGCCAGUCUCGCGAGAGGGACAAAUGCACCAUCCAGUGAGCAGAAGGGACGCUGGGGCAGGGCUUGGGCAGUGCCUUAAGGGAGGUGGCCCCAGAUGCCCGCUGCCUGCGACCCCCGACGAGACCCCAACAGCAGUCUUGUUCAGAGACCUCUGGCACCAGACAGGAGGCCCCAGGGGCUGGCCUCUGUACAUUCUUCUGCCUUCUUGCCCUCCCCUCUGAGUCCUGUUGUUGGCUCCCCUGUGGUUUCAGCACCUCCAUGGGAGGACGUAACUUUGCAGGAUGGGAGACAAGUCUGGGAGACGUCAGGACUUCUGCAGAGACCCACGUCGGAGCCUUCCUAUCCUGGGGAUGGAAGAAUUGCUGAUGCCAGAGAGGCCAGGAUUCCUGCCUCAGAUGGAGCAAGCCACAGGAUGAACACGACACCAACAACCAGAUGGGAGAGGUCUCCGCACUCCCGGCACAAAACCCAGCUUGGUUUAGGUGGCAGCUGGGAGAACCCUCCUCCCAAUCCUGAAACACCUGCCCACUGGUUCAGCUGUUUCCACCCCUCCGCCCCCAACAGGUUGGCCCCAGCUGCCCCUGACAUUGAGCCAGGGGCAUCUGCAUUGUGAAGGGGGCCACGUCCAUCCCCCGACCACGCUUCCCAGCGCCCCUCCCCGGUUCCGCGGCUGAUGGCUGUGCUUUGUUAUUGCGGCUGAUUCCCUGUCUCAUGCAGCGGUAGAAAUGGAAAUUGUCAUACUGUGAAAGCCUAGUGACCCCACCCUGGCCAGGCUCUAGCCAGUUUAGAUCUAUGGCCUCUGCUGGGGAUGCCUUCCUCCCUGGUUCCAGACAGGACUCCCAUGGCCUAUCUGCAGCUAGACACUGACCUUCGCGCCCAGCUCCACAGUUUACAGAUCCUUGCACAAGUGCAGGGUGAGCAGGCCAGGGCUGCUUCUCCUUCACGCCCCAUUGCUUAGAGGACGUGACAGACUCAGAGGGGAGAGUGACAUCCUGCAGGCCCCAGCCCUGCCCCCUUGCUAGUUCAGGACAGAGCUCCACCUAGAAUCAGGCUGUCCUCCACAAUGCUCUUCCUCAAGCAUUUCUUACACACCUAUUGGGCACUGGGCCCACUGUGUACUAGGAAACAAAGAGGGUGAGAGGUGCACCUUAUGUCCCCAGCCCUGGCCUCUGCCCGCCCCACUGCCCCACUGCCUUCACCCAUGGUGGUGGGGAGGCGUGGAGGAGCAGCUGGGAGCCAGAGCUGAGCCCGAGAGAGGUCGGGCAGAAAAGCUCAUGGUGGGUCUUUUCGCUGUGCCCAGGAUUGGACUGUGCUGGGUCCCACCACCACACACUCAGGCAUGUGGGCUUUGAACCUGUAAACCAAAGGCCCUUGUCAUCACCUCUUAACAAACACAUUUUGUAUCUUAAUCUCUAAAAAUAUCGAAGUUUAGAACCACGACCACAGGGAACCUUAGUGAUCAUCUAGUCAGUUUUUCUGAGGCCCAGAGAGGGUAAGUAACUUGCCCUAGGUCACACAGCUGGCCUGGGAGUGGCAGAACCGGGACAGGCUCUGGGCAUUCAGUACACACUAUGAUGUGCCCUCUCCUGAUGCUUUUUCAGCCCCUGGGGUCUGUAGGGAUUUGGGCAUCUUAUCCCUGACCUUGUCCCUAGAUCAUUCCAGGAGGGCUCCUGUAGAUACUAUGUACAUCAUGCCCAUGUAUAUACAUGUACACACACUGGACACACAUGUACACAUGCCCUGGCCCUGGCUCCUGCUGUGUCCAUGCCUCCAUGCCUGCCACUGAAAGCAGCAGCUCCCACCCUGCCUCUGUCCCCUGCCUGCCCUCACCCCAGCCUGAGCACUCUGAGCAGACCAGUUCCCUUGGCCAUGACAGGUGUGUGGCCUUGUCUCACCCAGUCACGCCCCUGCUGUCCCAGGUCUCUGUGUACACUAUCGGUUAAAGUGGGUUUGUUAAUAAAGCCAUGUCCCUGAC